AUGACCAUGUCCUUUUGUGCCCUGCAGGACUUGGCUGGUGGCCCUACCCCCAAGCUCGACAUUCAGGCGGGCCUCCUAGUGGUUGGGACUCGCUUAGGAGCACUUCUGCCUGUGAUUUGGAUGCCCAUAUCAGCUGCAGCGGAUCAGAAGGGGAACUUGCCUAACACAUCACCGGGGCCCCCAUCAGACAGUACCGCUCAUCACAACAUGUCGUCGGACUCGGACUUCUGGGAGGCACUAGACGAAGAAUUCCCGGAUGUUGAUUGUGACAGCGAUGAUCUCCUGGAUGAGACCACUCCAUCGGGAGCGAUUCAGGCAGUGCCGUCUGACCCACCUUAUCAGCCGGUAUUCCCGGGCACUCCUGUGCACAGCGUCUUGGCGCUGGUCAAGAGGUCCACACCUGAGCAAAAGGUGGAGGACAACUCUGCCCAAAGCCAAGUGGAGCCGACGAGCCGGCCACAGAGGGCAGCGCAACCCAGUCAAGUGGAGGGAAACCGCAAGAGAAAACGGAAGCCGACACAACGGCCUGACAUACCGGAUCCACCCGACGGAGACUCAGAACAGGAAGAGCGUGCAACUUCUAGGUCGUUCAGACUGCCCUCCAGCGCGGCCAUCCCCACGACAGGAGACCCACCCGACGGCAGCCAGGCGGAGACGACCGAUCGACCCGCAUGCAACACAGAUGACCUUCCCAUGGAGCUCAGUACCGACCAUCGCAUCGAAGACGAUAUCGGUCCUACCUUGAAUCCGGAUUACGAUGUGCAGGAUGCUUCAGACUCUGCCAAGAGUGUCACUGUGAGCAGCUGCCAAAACAGAACGUGCUACGUACUGAAGCUUGUCCAUUGA